GUUAAAAAGGAAGAGUUUGGAGGAUACGACCAAAAAGGUCUAGAGAAUCUAUCCACCUUAAUAAUAGAUCUUCAAGACCUGAAGGAUGAACCAGAACCAGAGGAAAAUCAACCAGGUUGUUCAGGCAAUAAGAACAGAAUAAAAAUGAUGAAAACACCUGAAGAUUCAUCUCAUGAAGAAGAAAAUUUGGGUAGUAACAUUCAAGAAAGAACAUUAGAACAAUAAAAACAUGAAAGUUCUAACUGGAAGUGGACCUUACAAGUGUGCAAUUUGUUUAAAACAAUUUACUGCAGCAUGUACCCUGAAAUCACAUAUGAUGACUCGCACUGGAGAAAAGCCUUACCAGUGCGAAAUUUGUCUUAAACAGUUUACUCAAGCCAGUAGUUUAAAAGCACAUUUUUUGAGAAUACACAGUGAAGACACGCCUUACAAGUGUGAUAUUUGUGUGAAACAGUUUACUGCACCAAGUGCUCUGAAAUUACAUAUGAUGACUCACACCGGAGAAAAACCUCAUAAAUGUGAAAUUUGUUUGAAACGGUUUAUUGUAGCUAGGGAUCUGAAAUCACAUAAAUGGUGACUCACACAGGAGAAAAACCUUACAAGUGUGAUAUUUGUUUGAAGCAGUUUACUGAUGCAAGUAAUUUGAGAAGAGAUGUGAUAACACACACUGGAGUAAAGCCUUACAAAUGUGAAAUUUGUUUGAAACAAUUUGCUGAUGCAACUAAUUUGAAUGUACAUUUGACAACACACACUGGAGAAAAGCCUUACAAGUGUCAUAUUUGUUUGAAACAGGUUAGUCAAGCCAGUAGUUUGAAAUCACACAUGAUGACUCAUACUGGAGAAAAGCCUUGUAAGUGUGAUAUUUGUUAUAAGCAGUUUAUUAAAGCCGGUCAUUUGAAAUCACAUAUGAUGACUCACACUGGAGAAAAGCCUUAUAGGUGUGAUAUUUGUUUGAAGCACUUUACUCAGGCAAAUAAUUUGAAAGCACAUUUGAGAAUACACACUGGAGAAAAGCCUUACAGGUGCGAAAUCUGUUUUAAGCAGCUUACUCGAACCGACCAUUUGAAAUCACACAUGAUGACUCACACUGGAAAAACCACAGAUGUGAAAUUUGUGUGAAACAAGGGAGAAAUGCAGUUUUUGUUUUUUUUAUUCAAACUUGGACCACCAUUUCCAUAUAGCUAUUUCUGCCUCUCAGACGUCAUCGGUGGAGCUUUGCAGUCACAACUCUAAAUCAAAUAUUACAGCCUGCCUUAUUUAAGGGAAACUACCGCGAAUGCAAUAAUUCCACCUUUGAAACGCAAAACAGCGACAUCUUUCGUAAAAACGAGGAAAACGAAAAGUCUCAGAUACAAAGUUUACUGUAAUAAAACAAUUCAAAUAAUUGAAAUAAAUUAAUAAACAAUAUUUUAAAUCUAAGACUCUUCGCCAAAAGAAACUGCUCUCUGGUUGCAUCCUGAAUCUCCGGUUUUAACAAUUUAUAAGCACCGAGAUGACGAAUAUAGAAGAAAGCAGAAAGGACAACUGUAACGUAUCUACUCCCUUUUCGUCUAGGAAAAGAGACGAAAGACAGUUUUAAGUACUCAAAAAUCUGAGUAAAGGCUGUAUGACACUAUGCAUUUUCUUGUAUCAUUUCUAAUAUCGUUUCUUUUAUACAUUUUCUUGUAUCAUUUUUGCACAUAUUUGUGCUAAAAUAUUUGCAUUAGAAUUAUCUUCAGUUUUAUCCAAAUUAGCAGCUAUUGUAUUUUGUAAAAAAUGAUGCACCAUGAAACCUAAAUUUAUAGUUUGAACUUUAGGAGCUAAAUAUAUGGUUAUUAGUAGAACAGUAGUCCAUACCAAACGGUAUAUUAAGUAUCAAUAAAAGAUUUAUAAAUAAUACCUACAAAAACACAAAUAAAUUCAUCAAUACAUUAUCCCAUUUUCAUUUCAGCCGCCAUUAUGAGUAAGUAAUUAUGACAUUUUAGAUGUUUUACCAGCAGGUUUUACGUUUUUGCUCUUUGCGCAGAAAUUGGCGCAGUUCUUGUACAAGAAUCUGUGCCCGACACAAAUUCUUGUAUCUGUGUAUGACACUAUGCAUUUUUUUGACAUAUCAGAAACGAUAUUAGAAAUGAUACAAGAAAAUGUAUAGUGUCAUACAGCCUUAAAGAUGAAUAAUAGACUAAGAGCCGCUAUAGGUGAAAUUUCUUAAUCAUUUUAGGCACGAUGGGACCCUAUAACUUA